GUAAGAUCUUUUCCCGUUUCAACACACCGCUAGAUGAUACCGAAGCACCCGCGGAUCAAUGGCGAUUUCUUCUCAAUCAUGUGAAGUGUAGACGGUGAAUUCCAUGUAUGAAUUGAUUAUUUUACCAUUUGUGAAUCAAGAUUUCAAAAACCUGCUUCUUUAAACCCAAAAAUUUGUUAAAACCUUGAUCGAGAAGACUGAAAUAUGCACAUGUCGUUGCAAACCUUCAAAGAGACUCUUAAACCCUGCAACAAUGCUUCAUCAUCAUCAUCUUCUUCCUUCCUUUCACAGUCUUCACUUUCCUUUCAGACCGACCUUCCCGCAAUACCCAGAAAACCCCCCAAAUCGUCCCUCUCUCAACAGCUUCUGCGUCUCCAACAAGAUCCUACAUCAUCUUUGCCUCAAAAGCUAACAGAUUCCGAGAAAAAGGUGAUAACCAAGCGGAUUAAAAAUGUGGGUUUGGUUGAUACGGUUGAGGAUGAGGAGGGUGAAGAUGAAGAAAAGCGAGAUGGGUGUGGAUUUGGAAGGCCCAAGUUGGAAUCUUUUCAGUUUGAUUACACUGGCCCGUUUGAACCAUUGAUUCUCUCUACUCCAGGGGAGAACCCCGCGGAUCAGGUUCCUGCAUCUAUAAAUUGUAGACUACUCGAACAUCAAAGAUCGGGAGUAAUGUUUCUAUAUGACUUGUACAGAAAGAAUCAUGGAGGUGUUCUUGGAGAUGACAUGGGACUAGGUAAGACAAUCCAAACAAUUGCUUUCCUGGCUGCUGUUUAUAGAAAAGAUGGAGAAGUUAUUGAUGUAACAUCUUCAAUGGAGAAUCAUCAUCAGGUCAGGAAAACUGAUCCUGUCUUAAUAAUCUGUCCUUCUUCAGUCAUUCACAACUGGGAGAUCGAGUUCUCGAAUUGGGCGUCAUCAUUUUCCGUAUCUGUUUAUCACGGUUCUAACCGCGAUCUAAUUCUCGACACGCUAAGAGCAGGCGGUGUAGAUGUUCUCAUUACAAGUUUCGACACAUUCAGGAUCCACGGAACCAUACUCUCGUGUAUUCAGUGGGAAAUUGUGAUAAUCGACGAAGCCCACCGUCUGAAAAAUGAAAAGUCAAAACUGUAUCAAGCCUGUCUACAAGUUAAAACAACUAAACGAUAUGGCCUAACCGGAACAAUGAUGCAGAACAAAAUAACCGAACUUUUCAACUUAAUGGACUGGGUAGUUCCCGGUUGCUUAGGCACUCGAGAGCAUUUCCGAGAAUACUACGACGAGCCACUUAAGCAUGGACAACGCUCAACCGCUCCGGAAACAUUCGUUCGUAAAGCUGACGAGCGGAAACGACACCUGGCGAGUGUUUUACAUAAGUAUGUCUUGAGGAGGACUAAGGAAGAGACAAUUGGACAUCUUAUGCUGGGGAAGGAAGAUAAUGUAGUGUUUUGCGCUAUGAGUGAAGUUCAAAAACGGGUUUAUAGGAGAAUGUUACAAUUGCCCGAAAUUCAAUGUCUUAUAAAUAAAGAUAAACCUUGUAGCUGCGGUAGCCCUCUUACUCAAGGGCAAUGUUGUAGAAGGAUUGUUCCCGAUGGAGUUAUUUGGCGUUACCUUCAUAAAGAUAGUUCCGAUGGUUGUGAUUCUUGCCCGUCUUGCUUAGUUCUUCCCUGCCUUGUCAAGCUACAGCAGAUAAGCAAUCAUCUGGAGCUGAUUAAACCAAAUCCUAGGGAUGAUCCAGAUAAGCAGAAGAAAGAUGAGGAGUUUGCUUCGAUUGUUUUCGGAUCUGACAUGGAAUUAAUGGAAGGGUUUGCUCAAAAUGAGAGCUUUAUGGGUCUUAGUGAUGCGAAGAACUGUGGGAAAAUGAGAGUGUUGGAGAAUUUGAUGGUAUCGUGGAUGUCUAAAGGUGAUAAGGUUCUUCUUUUCAGUUACUCUGUCAGAAUGUUAGACAUACUGGAGAAGUUGCUCAUACGGAAAGGCUAUUGCUUUUCGAGGCUUGAUGGUUCCACUCCAACUGGUUCGAGACAAUCUCUUGUUGAUGACUUCAAUUCAAGUCCAAGCAAACAGGUUUUCCUUAUAUCGACACGAGCAGGUGGGCUAGGAUUGAACCUUGUCAGUGCAAACCGUGUAGUGAUAUUCGAUCCGAACUGGAAUCCUGCUCAAGACUUGCAGGCUCAAGAUAGGUCGUUCCGUUUUGGGCAGAAAAGACAUGUCAUGGUUUUUCGACUUUUAGCUGCUGGAUCUCUCGAGGAGCUGGUUUAUUCCCGUCAAAUCUACAAGCAGCAACUAGCGAAUAUUGCUGUUUCUGGGAAAAUGGAGAAACGUUAUUUUGAAGGUGUUCAGGAUUGCAAGGAUUUCAAAGGAGAACUAUUUGGAGUGUGCAAUCUGUUUCGAGAUCUUUCUGACAAGCUUUUUACCAGCGAGAUCAUUGACCUACAUGAAAGACAUGGACAAAAUGAAGAAGAAGAGGAUGGUUGUAUGGUGAAACAGAAGUCAACAACAGACAAAGGAAGCGUGUUUUCAUCAGUAGAAACAGCCAAAUGCUCAAUAACUAAGCAGCCGUCAUUGGCAGACCUAGGUAUUGUGUACAGUCAUCGCAACGAGGAGAUUGUGAACUCACGAGCAGAAGCAGCAGUGGUCCAAGGAAAGAGAGAAUCAGAGAUAUUUUUGGGAAAAAGGAAAUCACAUAAAAGGGAGGAGGAGGAGGAGGAGGAAGAAGAGAAGCGGUCAAGAAAGAGGGUGCAAUAUGGGGUAAUUGCAGAGUGGAUGGGUAUGGAAGUGGUAGAGUUCAGCUGGUGGUUAAUAUCUGCAACUCCUAACCAGCGGGAACAACUGCUUCAAGAUUACUACAAGAAGACGAAGAGUAAGAAGAAGAAGAAGAAACGCAAGCAGCUACCACCUGAUGUUUGAUGGACGAAGUUGAUAAACAUGCGUGCAUACAUUAAAGGUAAAAUACACCAGUGAUCCAUAGUUCAUUCACCCGUUGGCGCCGCCCCUCUGCGAAGAUGAUGAUACUGGUGCUUGCUUGCAGUGCAGAACAAGAAAUAAAAGCAAAUCCAACUGAAUUGGGGCAAUUUGUUGAUUUUGUCAAGCGAAAUAAUCUCCAUUCUGCGAACUUCUUCAACGGAUUAAACUAAUAUUGUGUUUCAUUUGUUACUUUGAUGUAUGAGACCAUUGGUUAUGCUCAAGGUGCGUUAACACCUCCCAUCGGAGUUGAAGGUGCUAUAGCAAUUGGCAUCAUCGUGUCUUCUAGUGGCUCUGUAUGAUGGCUCACUUGGCUCGGAAUCUCAAGCUAUGGCUGCUGUGAAUCAGUUCUCAUUGCAGUUAAGUCAUAAUCCCAAAAUGAACUGCAUAUCCCAGUUCAAGUAAUUCAUGCUGUGAAUUCAAUACCAAGAAACAAGAAAUCAGCUUCUUUUUAUUCAUUCCAAGAUUAGAGGUUUUAAUGUUGAUAUUUCUUACCAAAUGGAGAUUGAGUCCAAAGAAACUGUGGGGUCGGCAAGCCAGCCCGAUAUCAGAACAAGUCCUUGAAAAUACCAUAUCUCCAAGCUACAAGGCCAUUUUUUAGCAAGUCAGGUUAUGGUAUGAAAAUUGAUGUUUUAUAGAUAAUUCAAUUGAAAAAAUUGCAUCUUUCAAAACAGAAGGCUUAAGUUGAGGUAUAAGGAAUCAUAAUCCUACAUACCACAACAUACUGGCAGAGGCGACAGUGAUCUUGAAAUAAGGGCAAAUCCCCGAAAAAGGCCCUCAAGGAGAAACCGGUCCAAGUUUCUUUACAAGCCGAGCUAAGAAGGAUGUAUAAACCCUGAAGAAUGACCAACAGCCACCACGAGAGGCUGAGGGUGAGGGCAGCUCCGAUCAAGCCUAAGUGCAGAACAUACAUAGCCAACCAAUUGAACAAAAUAUGAAGCAAGAAAACACCAACUGCAAUAUAAGCCAACGGGUUCACAAUAUUCUGUGCCUGGAGGAAUCUUUGCAUUGGGCAGCUAAUGGCGAAUGCAUAUAGCUGAGGGAUGAGUCCUCGGGCGAAGACUUCGCCUGACAAUGAUAUACUUUCAGACUGACCGAUAGCGAUCAAGAUGGGAGCCGCAAACCAGUAAACAAAGGUAAGUAGGACUGCUGCACCAAGGUGCAGGACAAUUGCACGUUGGCAUAUGAUCCCCAUUGAUGAUUUCUUCUUUGCUCCGUAGGCCUGCCCACAUACAGUUUGAACUGCACUUGCCAUCCCCAACUGCAUGAAAAAACAACCAUCUUUAAAUAAAUGAAUGAAUACAAGUAAUUAUUAGUAUUAGUUUAUUUAUUUAUUACCAUGAUGCCAUAAGCCAGCCCCUGAAAGCCAACACUUGCUAUUGAAGCUCCGGCGAGCUCCAAUGAACCCAAAUGGCCGGAAAAUGUGAGUGUGACAAACUCAACAUGUAAUUAAAUAUGGAGACUAUAAUGGAAGAGCCGGAGAGGAGCCAUAGCAGCCUUGAUUCCCAAGCCAUGAGCCUCGGGUACCAACGGGUGGGCAGCGGUUUUGCUGCCAAAACCUCCUCCACGGCAGCUGCAGUCAAGUCUGGUAACCGAACAUGCGAGUCGAACCGGAGCAGCAAUGGCUGGUAUACUUGUAGUUUUGAACUCAUUUUGACA